AUGACAUCGUUAAAUAACACUCUACGGGUUGGGAAGGCGGGUGAGCAGAAACUUAAGCUUAAAGUCCUCAGCCGGGAGAGACGGCUGAGUGGGGGUGAGAAGCAAGUGGUGCGGGAGCCCGGCGCUGCGGGGCUCGAGGACCCCCGGGGGCCCAGGUCCACCCGGACGCGGCUUGGGGAGGACGUCGAGCGCCCCCCGCCUGCCUUCUUGUGCCCCCACCCAGUCCCAGGUAAGCGGGGACCACCUACGUGUCACUUGGGCGGGUCCCGAUCGCAGACACAGCGUGGGCCCCGAGGCGCGCUGAGGACCGGAGGGCGGGGGCCCCGGGCGGCUGCGGCAACUGCUCUCCCCAGGCUCGGUCAACUGGUUGGGGAGGCCGGCAGCGCCUCGCUCCUUCAGGCUGGCCCGCGGGCAUGGACACCCACCCACACCCGGAACAGGCGCGCGAGUAUACACACACACAAACACACGCACCCACAGCCACAAAGCGCGUCUGCCGCCGGGCAGCGCGAUCCCGGGGCGCCCUUUGGCCGCAGAAGGGACCCGGCGGCCGCUGGCUCGGCGUUCAGAGGGUACCGUCUCCCCGCGCCGCGCCCGCGCCUUUACCUGCGCCCGCCGCCGCCGCGCGUCCGGCUCCCGCCGCCCCCAGGCUGGCCUCAGGCUGCGCGGUCAAUCCCCGCAGCCCCCGCCCCGCGGCCCGCCGAGCCCGGCCCUCCGCCCGCCCCUCGGCCGUCGCCCGGAGCGGGGCCGCCCCCUGCGCCCACCCCGCCGGGGUCCCGCGCGCGGCCGGGAGGCCGGGAAGGGCUCGGCAGCGCGGGGACCCUGGCCGCCCGAGACCCGGGCGGGCUCCGCUGGGGGACAGGGGCGUCGCGGCUCGGGGAGCGUCUGCCGCCGCUCGGCCGGGAGUGCUCCGGCUUUGGCGCGCUGGCAGGGGCGGCGGGGGAGGGGGCGCCGAGGGAGGGCCACGGGAGCCGCGCCGACGCCGGCCGCCUUCUUCCUCCGCCUCCUUUUCUGCUGGCUCCACGUAGCACAAGUCAGCAAGUCCUGCACCUCUUGACUCCCUCCCCCUGGCUCAUUCCCUUACCUGGCGCGACGCCCCCCGAGCCCCGACCCUCGGCGCUCCUCCUCCCCCAUUCAGUUGCUGGACCCCCAGCCCCGUCUGCAGGGCGGGGGCGGAGGGCAGCUCGAGCCUCCCAUUCAUUAUCUUCCCAGCGCCCCCCACCCGGAGAGGACCCACCCGCAGCCCGAGACCCUAGGGCCUCCAGCUCCAGCUCCCCACCCCCCACCCGCUCCCGCGCUCACCUCUGCGACCGGCAGCUUGCGGAACUCGGAUGACCACCCCCACACGUUGCAUUUUCAUUUUGUCGCUCUUUUCUUCCCACUUGAAAAGCUCUGGAAGACAUCGCCGGGCCCGCGGAACCCCUAACGUCUGGCCUCUGGCGUAGUUCAGUAUCCAAACUUUCCAGCAGGCACAGUUCUCCCAGCGCAGCUUUUAACUCGAAGCUGCGAAGAACGCGGAGUCAAUUUUGCUGCCGGGAAGGUGCACACGUUUCCAUUUCCGAGUUUGCGACUGACUGGGUCUGCAAACCAAAGCGAGUGUGACUGUGCUCCCCUUGUUCUCCAUAUCCAUGAUUAUAAAUUUCUCUUCCGCUUUCCCAGUCUGCACUUGCACUUCGCCAAGCCAAGUGCAAACUAUCAAUUUUAGAAGAGUAAUUAAGGGCGGGGAAUACACACCUGAAGGCGUGGGCGGGAGCGGUGCGGGACUGAGGCCUGGGGAUCCCUAUCCGGAAAGGGGCAGCCGGAGAGACUCGCCCGGGUUCUGAACACCACCCAGUCCACGGGGCGGGGGCCACGGGUAGGACGCGAGGGCUCUCCAGCCGCGCCACCCCCUACCACCUACCACCCUUGGCUUCCAGGGGUGCUGGCAGUCCUCUGCCUCUGGCUCCACUGCUGAAGCCGCAGCACAACAGAAGUGGCUGCCUACAAGUAAAGACUGCAGACUCUGGCCUGAAACGGCACGUGGGGGCCACUCCCGGUGUGGCAGGGAACUUGGCAGGACUGAUCCAGCUACCUGUAAGAAAGAAAGGCAGAACCGCGAGGGAGGGCUCCGUUGGUGCCGGUCACUCGGUAACCUAGGGCUUUGCAGAAAAGAGAGGUCACUGGAAACCGCAGCGAGUGGGGAGGGGAAGACUUCUUGGAAGGGAUGAGAACUUCUCAAGCUUCCAAUAAGGUAUAGCUUCGAAAAGAACAUGACCAUCUCCCGCAAGUGACUGCUGAGAACUUUGGGAAUAUGGCUGCUUCUGCUUUGACUACAUGUUAACUGACCAAACUACUCUCUGGUCCUUCCUAACAUCAAAUGAGGAAUUCUGUCCAUACAAGAUAAGUAUACAAGUAUACAAGAGUUUCCAAUUUAUUUGCUUUAAAAAAAUUUAUUUCCUCUUUAUUGGCCGACUGUCCUACUGUGGUCUAGAAUGAAUUAGCAAAGUACAAGGUCAGCCUGGACAGACUGGUCUCCCUGACAUGUGUAGACCUGCCUGAAUGAGACUGCUCUGCACCCGGGUUUCAUUCAAUAACUUUAAAAUCAACUCUAGGUCAUAUGCCCAUUUGUAAACAGAGAGAGAAAAUGAAAUCCAAUACAGAAUCCAGUUCAUUACAGAGAUUAAUCCAUCAAAACAAGUAUUACAUUCCAAACAAGUCAGUUUUCUCUUCUGUAAAAUGGGAUGAUAAUACUAAUUCAGUCUACUCUGUUGGGUUCCAAGCUGCCUUUAUCAAAGUAAGAUAAUACAUUUGAACAGACUUCAGACACAAAAGUAGGUGAUGUGAUUUCAACAGAGAUGCAGAAGGAUAUCUUGAUGUUCUCUCUUUAAUGUUUUUAUCUGUCUGUGGCCCUCUUGCCAUUCAAACUGAUUCCCUUUCUUGGAUAGGCAACUUAAUGCUUUUUGUCCUAACCUUUCUGUCUCAUCCUCUGCCAAGCAAUCUUUCUCCAGGUCUGUUUCUUCAAAUGACUUCAGCAGAUGGAGAGACUCAAAGACAGUGGUGCCGUCAAACAUGAGAAAAAAUAUUUUUAGAAAAAUAAAAAGAAUCUGAGUGGGGAAUACUUCCAGCACAGUUUACGUUAAUAUCUUAAAGGAUAACAGUAGACUUUGUCAGGUUAUUGCUGUUAUUAGUGGUCCAAGGACUAUAAUUUGCAAAAAGCAUUUAGGACUGAAACACUGGCUGUCACUACUUUGGGCUCUAUUAUCUGUUCAGAAGGGGCUACUGAUCACGCCAGUUCCCUCUGCCUCCCCACAUUUCUUCCGUCUGGCCAAAAGCCUUUGAAAUUUUUUAUUAGAGAGUAAUCAAAACUAUCAGCAAAAGAGAUCUGUUGGAAACUUUCCCUCCAGUCUAUGAAUGUAGAAAGUAUAUUCUGGUGAAACAACACCCUGAGAGAAUUCAGCCUGCUUGGGAAAGUUUUUCAGGUGCCUCUCAGACAGAGGUUUCUUCCUUUUUAAAAUGGUAUAUUUAUGCCUCUCUGGUGUUUUUCCCCUUGAUCAGAAAGAAAUCAUUCUCCUUUGGAAACCUUUCUAUUUGAAAAGGCCAGUGGCAGAGGAAGGUGAGGCAGCCCAGUGUAGUAACAAUAAAUAAAACUCUUCAGGGUAGUAGCGACAUCUGGAGACUCUCGGAACGGGGAAUAGAAGAUGGGAUUGUGUGUGCAGCAGCCCUGCAUGAGGACCAGACUGCAAGGAAAUGAGAGCCCUAAACAGAGUGACUCUCUGCUCACCAUUUUCUUAUCACCUAUUUCUGCAUGAAUAAUCCGGGUAAUGUCUGAAGUAGAUCAAGGUCAAUCAAUCUUUUUCUUGUAGUCUCCUUCACCCAAAUUAAAAGCUUUUGAUCUAAAAUGGUGUUGUGGUUUGGGAAUGAAGAAGAAAAUAUAUAGUUGUGUUAUAUAUAAUUUUAGAGCUAAAAAUAGACCUAAAUAUUUUUAAAAAAUCAUACAAAGGGUCACAAAACAAAAAAUUAGUUUUAUAAAGCAAUAAUAAAACUAGUGGAUUUAUAGGUGGCACCACUGGUAAAGAACCUGCCUGCCAAGGCAGGAGCUGUAAGAGACAUGGGUUCAAUCCCUGGGUCAGGAAGGUCCCCUGGUGGACAGCAUGGCAAGUCUGGCAUGCCAAGUCCAGCAUUCCUACCUGGAGAAUCCCAUGGACAGAGGAGUCUGGCGGGCUACAGUCCACAGGGCCGCAGAGUCAGACACGACCAAUGCAACUUAGCACACACACAGUAGACUCAUAGUGGGAAA